UAGCAACUUCCUUUUACUAUUUAAUUUUCAAAUUUUAUUAUUUUCUUUAUUAGUAGUGUGCAGGGAAAUUUAUAUUCUACUGCCUCCUCAACUGCUUACAUAUCACAAAUCCAAACCCAAAUCAAAUCCCACCACCAUUGUUGUUAUCUCAAUCCAAUAAACCAGUCAGAAAAAAACCUCUCAGCUUAAAGCUUUUAUCUUUCAGUCUCUGCUUCCCAUCCAAAGUUCUUAUCUUUGUGGGAAAACAAAUUUGUUCAAAAACUUUUUGAAGUGAGACAAAACUAAAGAAAGAGAGAAAAAUGGGUUGCUUACAUUCCAAAACAGCUAAUCUACCUUCUUCUGAUGAUCCAUCAGCUCCAACCAAACCAGAAUCAGUGAAUGGGGACCAAGUGGAGCAAGAGAACCAAAAUUUCAAAGAGUUUGAUCUGAAUGAGCUGAGGAAAGCAACAAAUGGGUUUAGCCCUAGCUGCAUUGUCUCUGAAGGUGGAGAGAAAGCUCCCAAUGUGGUUUACAGAGGGAAGCUUGAAGGAAACCAUCUCGUAGCCAUCAAGCGUUUCUCUAGGCAGUCUUGGCCUGAUGCUCAGCAAUUUGUGGUGGAAGCAACUGGUGUUGGGAAGCUUAGAAACAAGAGAUUAGUAAGUUUGAUUGGCUGUUGCGCAGAAGGAGACGAGAGGUUGUUGGUAGCAGAGUAUAUGCCUAAUGAUACACUCUCAAAGCAUCUCUUUCACUGGGAAAAGCAGCCACUUCCAUGGGAAAUGCGUGUUCGAAUCGCAGACUAUAUUGCACAAGCACUUGAUCACUGCUACAACGAAAACCGAAAGAUAUAUCAUGACCUGAAUGCAUACAGAAUCCUCUUUGACGAGGAAGGUGAUCCUCGUUUGUCUACUUUUGGUCUUAUGAAGAACAGUAGAGAUGGUAAAAGCUAUAGUACCAACUUAGCUUAUACUCCACCUGAGUUCUUGCGUACAGGCAGAGUCAUUCCUGAAAGUGUGAUCUUCAGUUAUGGAACUAUUCUUUUAGAUCUUUUAAGCGGCAAACACAUUCCACCUACCCAUGCUCUUGAUAUAAUAAGGGGGAAGAACGCAUUGCUUUUGAUGGAUUCAUCUCUCGAAGGGCAAUAUGAGAGUGAUGAUGCAACUAAACUAGUUGAGCUUGCUUCAAAAUGCCUUCAAUCUGAGGCCAAAGAACGACCUGACACCAAGUUUCUUCUCUCUGCAGUGGCACCACUGCAAAAGAAAGAAGAGGUCGCCUCUCAUGUGUUGAUGGGCUUGCCAAAGAACGCUGUGAUAUUACCAACUAUGCUUUCUCCUCUGGGAAAGGCUUGUUCAAAGAUGGACCUCGCGGCAGUACACGACAUUUUGCUUAAAACCGGGUACAAAGAUGAAGAAGGUGCAGAGAACGAGCUUUCAUUUCAAGAGUGGACACAACAAGUUCAGGAAAUGCUCAACAUGAAAAAGUUUGGGGACAUUGCUUUCCGAGACAAGGAUUUCAAGAACUCCAUUGAAUACUACUCAAAGUUGGUGGGGAUCAUGCCGGUUCCUUCUGCAACGGUCUUCGCCAGACGUGCUUUCUCCUACUUGAUGACAGACCAACAGGAGCUUGCGCUUAGAGAUGCAAUGCAGGCUCAGGUGUGCAUACCUGAAUGGCCCACAGCUUUUUACUUGCAGGCUUUAGCACUCUCCAAGCUUGGAAUGGAGAGUGAUGCUCAAGAUAUGCUCAGCGAUGGUGCAGCGUAUGAUGCUAAGCGACAGAAUAGCUGGCGCUGCUAAGCUAAGUAAGAAG